UCAGUUAUAAAAACAUAUUCAAGAUGAAAUCUAGUUUGUCUCUGGGCCUGCUGCUCGGUCUGGCUUUAAGCCAAGUUGCUGCUAGUUGUCCGGAUAGCUGUCCCGAUACGGAGGAUGUUGUUUGGGCUCUUGGAGGAGGAUGCAAUGUGUUCCGCAAUAAAUGCUAUUUCGACAAGGAGAACUGCCACCGAAAGCCAGCUUUGACCAUCACCACCAAGGAGGAGUGCCAAAAACAAUGCGCUGAUGCUUGUCCUGCAGUUUAUCAGCCCACAGGUGGAACUUAUAAGGGUCAGGUGCGAAACUUUGGCAAUGAGUGCGAAAAAAUUGUUCACUCCUGUCGAACUGGCGAAACUUUUUUGUAGGGCUUUCUGCUUAUGUACUGAAGGUCCUUAACUAAUAAUUUAAAUACAGUCGUGGUUCCAUAAAUAAAUCUUUUAUCUUUAUGUAAA